AUGGGUGGUGAGGCCCCGCCCCCGGCCGCCCCACGUGACCGGGACAGCCAACAGGCGGCGGGCAGCCUGUUACAUUGUUUCCAUUUCUCAGUGAUACUGACUCGCUACAAUCGCGGCGCCUGCGUCCCCCGGGGGACGGUGACGGCGGCCGGGGCAGAGGCGGCGUGCGGGGCGGCAGGGAGACCCUGUUCCCCCCGGGAGGGGGCGGGGGCAGACGAUCGGCGGCUCCUCAUGGCCAGGAAGGCUGGCGCAAGCGGCCCCAAGCCCGGGCUGGACAGGAACCGGAUCGGGGAGAGGCUGGAGGCCAGCGUGGCGGGCCUGCUGGAGCUGAGGCUACUGAGGGAGAGGCAGGAGGAGACCGUACGGAGGGUGCUGCAGGAGGAGCGGCUGGAAGGCGGCGGCGAUCGCAAGCAGGUCCCGGGGGAUCUGCCGCCUCCGGGAGGAGCCUGUGCCCGGCAGGUCCGGCAACAUCCUUGUCAAUUUUCCCUGUACUCUGUCAACCUUGUUUACAUCUUUCCUGUGGGUAAACUGCACAGGGGUUGGGGAACCUGCUGCCACAAGACAACGCUGGAGGACGAGUCGCCGGGUAUAUGUAAUGGGGAGCCUCUGCAGCUGGCCACGGGUGAACUGGCGCAAGCUCCCGCGCAAGAUGUCAAGCAUCUGGGUGUGCUGGAGCCGGUCGGCGGCCGGGAGCACCGCGCACGGCCACACCCCGCCGCUGGGGAUGGACUGUCCGGGGUGGUGGGGCGCUGCAGCCCGCCUCCCCCCGAGUCUCCCCUGCCCGAGGAACUGGGCGGGGAGCAGUGGAGAAGAGACACUGGCGGUGUCUCCAGCGAACUGGGAACCGCGGAGCAUCAGGAGCUGGAGGGGCAGCACGGAGCCGUGACCCAGUUGGUCGAGAGGGGCCAGGACAGUGGUGACACGGACUCCAGGCCCAGCUCGGGUUUCUACGACGUGACCGACAGCGCCUCGUGCUCACUCUCCACCUCCUGCACCUCAGUGUACAGCGAGUGCCCCUCCAGCUCGCUGUGGAGCGUGCAGUCAGGCCCGCAGGUGGGCCGCCGCCGGCCUCGCUCCACCGAAGACGGGGCGCCGCACCUGGAGCCCGGCACGCAGCGGGCCCUCGAGGGCGAGGCCUGCAUCUGGGGCAGGGUCGUCCGGAGGGGAAGGGCCUCCCAGAGGCCGGUGUCAGCAGGCGAGCUCACCUUCCUGCCCCGCUACUGCAGCUCCAGCAGACUCUCCUCCAGCUGCCCGGCGGCCUCCUCCUCCACCACCUCCGUCUCCCUCACCUCCUCCAUCUCUCCCUCCUCCCCGGGCCACGGUGCGCGGCCCGACCCGAAGUUCCGCUGCGACCUGGUGUCCAGACACGGCAGCGAGGUCUACCACUACCCGAGCCCGCUGCAUGCGGUGGCCCUGCAGAGCCCGCUCUUCACCGCCUCGUCCGGCCGCCCCAGGGAGCCCGGCGGAGAGGGGGAGGGAGCGGGGCCGGAGCUCGGGGCCGGGGCCGGGGCCGAACCCGUCCUGCUGGCCAGCAGAGAGAGGCUGGACAGGUACAUCUGCGGCCUGGUGCUCCGCUCCCGCUGCGAGCAGCCGGGACCCAGGAGGCCCCCGCUGGCCUCCUACCCCAAGAGCCUGUCGCUGUCGUCGGUCUGCGGCCAGGGCCCGGCCGGAGCCUGGAAAGGGGCGAGGAGGCGGAUCUCCACCAGCUGCCAGGCCCCCGAGCGGCCGCCAUCGCAGGACGGGCGCUCCCCGGUUACCCCCGAGCCCGCUGGCUCGCCGGCCCCCGACGCCCCGCUCUACCGCGGCAAACACCUGCACCACGAGCUGGUGAGGUGCCCGGCCGCUGGCGAGCGGGACGCCCCGGAGCAUGGGGGCCAGCGCAUCGACCUCUUCAAGCGGCUGGGCUCCAGGAGGAGGUCGGCCUCCCGCUCCAACUCGGAGAUGAACCUGAGCUCGGCGUUGCCUCAGGCGCCCGAGGCCUCACUGGGGCCCGGGCCGGCCCGGAGGAAGCAGAAGUGGACAUCGGUGUUGGAGAUCCCAGCCCCCAACAGGGUGAAGAGGGCCGGCUUCCUGGGCCAGGCCCAGGCCUUCCUGAGCCGACGCCAGAGGUCCUCGCCCUCCGACUCCCUCCCUUCCUCACUGGGGGAGGAGGGAGCUGGCUGGUUGCGUGGGGCCGAGACCCUGCCCCGGACCAGCCCGGUCUCCGAGACCCGGUUCCACCGCUCCAGGUCCUUCAAGGAGCUCAGGAAGAGAGUGCAGUUGUCCAUCAGACCUUGGUCCCUCAAGGUCAACAGCACUCCCAAAUGAGGGGCGUCUCCCUCACCUACUGGGGCCACUCCCCCUGCCUCAUCUUUUCCUUCCCCAACCCCUCAGGAUCACCACCUUCCCUUCCCCCCUGCCCCUCAUCCAAUCCCUCUGGGGCCAAUCCACCCUCCCCCUCU